AUGGAGAACGGUGGUGUGGUGUUGUACGCGCUCCUCCAUAGAAGUGGAGAGCGUAUGGGCUAUGUACACGUGCAGUGAUCUGUGAGCUUGAAGAAAGCCAAGCUGGAUGGAGCCCAAGAGAAGUUCAACACGUAUGUGACCCUGAAGGUGCAAAAUGUGAAGAGCACAACCAUCGCUGUCCGGGGAAGCCUGCCCAGCUGGGAGCAGGACUUCAUGUUUGAGAUUAACAGGCUGGACCUGGGGCUGACGGUGGAGAUGUGGAAUAAAGGCUUAAUAUGGGACACCAUGGUUGGCACGGUGUGGAUCCCCCUGCACAGCAUCCGCCAAUCAAACGAGGAGGGUCCGGGGAAGUGGCUAACCCUGGACUCCCAGGUUAUCAUGGCGGACAACGAUAUCUGUGGAACCAAAGACCCCACUUUACACCAGGUGCUGCUGGACACACGCUUUGAACUGCCUCUGGAUAUCCCUGAGGAAGAGGCACGCUAUUGGGCCAAAAAACUGGAGCAACUCAAUGCUAUGAGAGACCAGGAUGACUCGUACCAGGAAGACCCGGAGCGACCACUUCCUGUCCCAGGGACACAGUGCUGUAACUGGAGUCUGUGGGGAGACCAACAAAAUGAGGAGCCCAAGGAGCCGGUGGACCCGUCGCUGCGGGCUAGAGAGAACUGGCUACGAAUCAUCAACAGGGUCCAACAGCAGCUUCGGGAGGCACGAGGAGAGACAUCCAAUUCUUUGUGGUUUGGUAAAGGAGGGGUGGGAGAGGUUUUGUACAGCAUCGACAGCAUGCCUGAUCUGCGCAAGAAGAAAGGCCCCUGCCUGGUCAAAGACCUGUCUAUGGCCUCUCAGAACGCUCGGAAGGCUGGGAUCACAACAGCGAUGGCCUGCAGCACCCUCGGCAAUGAGGACCUGAAAAGUCACGUUUAUAAGAAGACCCUACAGGCUCUGAUCUACCCCAUCUCCUGCACCACGCCCCAUAACUUUGAGGUGUGGACGGCCACCACUCCCACCUACUGCUAUGAGUGUGAGGGGCUGCUGUGGGGCAUCGCCCGCCAGGGCAUGAGGUGCUCCGAGUGUGGGGUCAAAUGUCACGACAAGUGUCAGGACCUGCUAAAUGCCGACUGCCUGCAGAGGGCAGCGGAGAAGAGUUCUAAGCACGGGGCAGAGGACAGAACCCAGAACAUCAUCAUGGUUCUAAAGGACAGGAUGAAGAUCAGAGAGAGGAACAAACCGGAAAUCUUCGAGCUCAUCCAGGAAGUGUUUACCGUCGUCAAGGCUACGCACGCCACGCAGAUGAAGCAGAUCAAACAGAGCGUGCUUGAUGGGACGUCCAAGUGGUCGGCCAUGAUCAGCAUGACUGUGCAGUGUGCCCAGGGCCUCCAGGCCAAGGACAAGACUGGUUCCAGUGACCCCUACGUCACAGUUCAGGUGGGCAAGACCAAGAAGAGGACCAAGACUAUCUACGGCAACCUCAACCCUGUCUGGGAGGAGAACUUCCACUUCGAAUGCCACAACUCGUCGGACCGCAUUAAGGUACGCGUGUGGGAUGAGGACGAUGACAUCAAGUCCAGGGUGAAACAGAAGUUCAAACGGGAGUCAGAUGACUUCCUGGGUCAGACCAUCAUCGAGGUCCGCACGCUCAGCGGAGAGAUGGACGUCUGGUACAACCUGGACAAGAGAACAGACAAGUCGGCUGUGUCUGGAGCCAUCCGGAUGCACAUCAGUGUAGAGAUCAAAGGAGAGGAGACUGUGGCUCCCUACCAUGUCCAGUACACCUGUCUACAUGAGCACCUGUUCCAGUACACUACAGAGGUGCAGAACAGUGGUGUGGUGAAGAUCCCUGAUGCUAAAGGAGAUGACGCGUGGAAGGUGUACUUCGAGGAGACUCCCCAGGAGAUCGUGGAUGAGUUCGCCAUGCGCUACGGAGUGGAGUCCAUCUACCAGGCUAUGACCCACUUUGCCUGCCUGUCGUCUAAGUACAUGUGCCCGGGCGUGCCCGCGGUGAUGAGUACCCUGCUGGCCAACAUCAAUGCUUACUACGCCCACACCACCCAGUCCACCAAUAACGUCUCGGCAUCAGACCGCUUCGCCGCAUCCAACUUUGGAAAGGACAGGUUUGUGAAACUCCUAGAUCAGCUCCACAACUCCCUGAGGAUUGACCUAUCCAUGUACCGGAAUAACUUCCCAGCCAGUAGCCCUGAGAGGCUGCAGGACCUCAAGUCCACUGUAGACCUACUGACCAGCAUCACCUUCUUCAGGAUGAAGGUCCAGGAGCUGCAGAGCCCCCCCAGGGCCAGUCAGGUGGUGAAGGACUGUGUCAAAGCCUGUCUCAACUCCACCUACGAAUACAUCUUCAACAACUGUCACGAACUCUACAGCAGAGAGUACCAGACAGACCCUGCUAAGGCUGACGUUCCAGAAGAGCAGGGUCCCAGUAUCAAGAACUUGGACUUCUGGUCAAAACUCAUCACCCUCAUCGUCUCCAUCAUAGAGGAAGACAAGAACUCCUAUACACCCUGUCUCAACCAGUUUCCUCAGGAACUGAAUGUGGGCGUGAUCAGUGCAGAGGUCAUGUGGAACAUGUUUGCUCAAGAUAUGAGAUAUGCCAUGGAGGAGCAUGAGAAGAACCGGCUGUGUAAGAGUGCUGAUUACAUGAACCUGCACUUCAAGGUGAAGUGGCUCUACAACGAAUACUGCAAAGAGCUGCCCACCUUCCAGAAACGUGUACCUGAGUACCCAGCGUGGUUCGAACCGUUUGUCAUCCAGUGGUUGGACGAGAACGAGGAAGUGUCCAGAGACUUCCUGCACGGUGCCCUAGUGAGGGACACAAAGGACGGGUUCCAGGUGACGUCAGAGCAUGCUUUGUUCUCCUGUUCGGUGGUGGAUGUGUUCUCUCAGCUCAACCAGAGCUUUGAGAUCAUACGCAAGUUAGAGUGUCCUGACCCCCAGAUCGUAGGCAACUACAUGAAGCGAUUCGCCAAGACCAUCGGCAACGUUCUGCUGUCCUAUGCUGAGAUCAUUUCCAAAGAGUUCCCUAAACAAUGUGGGAACAAAGAGAAAGAGAAAGUGCCCUGCAUCAUCAUGAAUAACAUCCAACAGCUGAGAGUGCAGCUGGAGAAGAUGUUUGAGGCCAUGGGAGGCAAAAAUCUGAACGUGGAGGCCAGUGACUUCCUGAAGGACCUGCAAUUAAAGCUCAACAACGUCAUGGACGACCUUAGUAGGAUCUUCGCCGUCAGUUUUCAGCCCCAGAUUGAGGAAAAUGUAAAGCAGAUGGGAGAUAUCUUGGGCCAGGUGAAGGGACAGACUGUUACAGACAACAACAGCGUGGCCGGGGACGCAGACAACGUCCUGCAGCCCAUCAUGGACUUCCUCGACACCAAUCUGUCGCUGUUUGCUAAGAUCUGUGAGAAGACUGUGCUGAAGAGAGUGCUGAAGGAACUGUGGAAACUGGUCAUUAACACUAUGGAGAAAAGCAUUGUGCUUCCACCGUUCACAGACCAGUCGGGCACUCAGAUGAUCUUUAAUGCAGCUAAGGAGUUGGGUCAGCUUUCCAAGCUCAAGGAGCACAUUGUGAGAGAGGAGGCCAAGGCUCUCUCCCCUAAACAGUGUGCCAUCAUAGAGCUGGCAUUGGACACCAUUAAGCAAUACUUCCAUGCGGGUGGUGUGGGUCUGAAGAAGACGUUCCUGGAGAAGAGUCCUGACCUGAAGUCUCUGCACUAUGCCCUGUCCCUCUACACACAACACACUGACAAGCUCAUCAGGAAGUUUGUCCUUUCACAAAACGCUCAGGGGUCGGGAGUGGAGGAGCCAAUCGGAGAGGUGGUAAUGCACGUGGAGAUCUACACCCACCCCAACACUGGAGAACACAAGAUCACUGUGAGAGUGAUUGCUGCUAAUGACAUUAAGUGGCAGACACAGGGGAUAUUUCGUCCCUUCGUGGAGGUCUACAUCAUUGGUCCCCACCUCACUGACAAAAAGAGGAAGCACGCCACCAAGUCCAAGAACAACAGCUGGUCGCCCAAGUUCAACGAGACCUUCCAGUAUUCCUUGGGCAGUGAGUUGGGUCCGGAGGGCUAUGAGCUGCAGGUGUGUGUGAAGGACUACUGCUUCGCCAGGGAGGACCGUACGGUGGGCAUGGCCCUGAUGCAGUUGAAGGACAUGGCCUCCCGGGGCAGCAUGACGUGCUGGCUCCCCCUGGGGAAGAGGGUCCACAUGGACGAGACGGGCCUGACGGUACUGAGGAUCCUGUCCCAACGCAACAACGACGACGUGGCCAAAGAGUUUGUCAAGCUCAAGUCAGACCAGCGCUCUGCCGAGGAGGGACGGGCGAGCUGA